AUGUCAAUGGGUCGACGAGGCCUUCUCAAGGCUAAUCAUUCUUUAAAAAGGUCAUGCAUUUGGAAAGUGGGUAAUGGGGUGUCUAUUCGAGCGGCUUCCCAACCGUGGGUCCAUGGUCAAAUUCCCACAUUUCGAGAUAAUGUCAACCUUCGGACAGCAGCUAACACUCGAGUUGCGGAUUUUAUCUUGCCUCAAAAUCAAGGAUGGAAUACAGGACUGCUACACCGAUAUUUUCUACCGAAUGAUGUGCGAUUGAUCCAAAGCAUGGAACUACCAUACCGGACAAAUGAGGAGGAUAGGUAUUACUGGCCUUUCACUCGCUCUGGUAACUACUCCACUAAAUCAGGGUAUGGUUUACUUCUCCACCAGCAAAAUGAAAAUUAUAGCAUGACAAACCCAGUAGGUUCGAAAUUUUUCCGAAAACUCUGGAGCUUGAACAUCAUGCCUAAAUGGAAAUUGUUCGUUUGGAAGAUUUGGCAUAAUUGCUUAGCAACUUCUUCCAACCUUCUCAAGAGAAGCAUCACAACUAAUUCACAAUGCCUAACUUGUUUAUCUGAUAUUGAAGAUGUCCAGCACAUAUUCCGCUAUUGCCCUCUUGCUAUUGAGAUAUGGGAUAGAACUACUUUACCAGUCCACGAUCCUGCCGUUGAAGGGUUUACAAUGGAAGCCUGGCUCGAGCAUUGGUUAGAUAAAUUUGUGAAAGAAGAUGGAAUAGAGGGGAAUCGCUUUCCUCAGUUUAUAGGAACCCUAUGGGCCAUCUGGAUGGCCAGGAAUGGGCAAGUUUUUCGUCAAAUUCGAGCUACGGAAGAGGUCGUCCAUCAUCACAUCCGGGAUAGUUAUCACCAACACACAAGGUUUAUAGAGGACGAUCAUCCACGGCGGACUCCACCACCUGCACCUAACUACGGGCCUCCCCCCGGUUUCUGGUCUAUCAACAUUGGUCGGUUACAGGGUGUUUUUCCGGACAUUCUAAUACAAAUAGAUGGUUCCUGGGAUAAAAGUACGGGUUUUGGAGGAGCUGCCUGGGUAGCCACACGCCAUCAGCGCCCAUUCCAACGACAAGGGAGCUUUUUGUAUGCCUCUUCCGCAUUACAAACUGAAGCGGCAGCUUGCCUAUCUGCAGUUAAAUGGAUUCGUACUAUGAACAUAUCAAAUACUUUGAUCUAUACAGACUCAACACUACUAGUUUCUUUCCUGGGGUCGACAACUAGAGAGGACAUAUCAAUCAUUCACACGCUACAGGCCAUUCGUGUGGAGGCUAGAGACAUUCCAAGCUGCAGAUUGACGAAAGUAAGUAGGGACCAAGUGCAGUUGGCCCAUCAAAUGGCGAUCCAUUGUCGUAGUACUAGAUCUACUAUACAAGAGUCUUGUUAG